AAUACUCACUCAUUUUGGCGCCAAAACAAAAAAGUAAAAUGACAUAAAAAGAAAAAAAUAAACACAGCAGAGAAGAGCGCAAGAAAACUGUUUCCGGCGCAUGCCCUCUCACAAAUCCUUUAAGAGUAAACAGCAAAUACAACAACAUUGAGAAAAUGCCGCCAAAAUAUUGGCUAAAACAGCUGUUGCGUUACACGACCACAAUUUCAAUUUCUCUCCCAUUCAUCAUCCAUAUUGGCUCGAAAUUUUGUGUUUUUUUCGGUUUUCGCAAAACAUCAAUUCUUAUUCUUCUUCUUCUCAAAUCCAUUUAUAUCUUAAAAAUUUCACAUCAAUCACAAACAGCCGUACGGAAUAUAACCUAACAAUUUUUAAAUUUAUUAUUGCGGUUGCGAGAAGAAUCAUUUCACUGCUGCUAACCAAUAUCUCUCGAAAAAGGUGAAACAACUUUUGUUGUUGUUGUUCGUGUUGCUGUUGGUGGCCUUGCUGUCUGGAGUGGAUAUAAAAUCGACAUUCAACAUUUGGUUCCUGCAACAUUUCUCUUUUCGCUUCAUUUUAUUUAUAAAGUUUUCAAACUGGAGAAAAUAUUAGCGGGUGUUGAUUCAUCGCCAGGAGUGUCAGAAGAAUGGGGCUCUGGUUGGAAAGGUACAAAUUUCAUAGUGGAAAUCGAAGAGACUGCAUCUGCCUCACCCAUCGACACAGACUAUCUGAGCAGUCGAGAAGAUAUCGUCAGCACAGAGACAGUCAACGCUACAAAUAUGAUGGCACAAGGACCCAAAAUCAUAGUACGCACCGAAGAAGUUCUCAUUGUUGGCCUAGUGCUGAUGCUGUGGGUCGGUGCCAUUGUCCUGUUCUUUAAUCGCUGGGGUAAAAUUCGUAUGCUGGAACCCUAUCAACCGAAAUUUCAACAACAACAUCGAGCUUCCUGUCCAUUAUCGGAUAUCGAUUCAAUAGCACCACAUCAGCGCACAUCGGUUUCACGCAUGUCAAUGGGUUUUGUGAAUAAUGUAAAAAAUAUGCCAUGUCAAUUUAACGCCUAUAAUAAUCCAACGAUAUAUCCCAAAGGUUACAUUGCCCAAAGUCGACCACGUCAAAAUUCCGUGUUUGUGGGACCAAGUCCAAAUCAAUUCCUAAUGCCAAGACCGCCGCGUAAAACACGUUCAGCCAUGGAUUUGCAUUCGAUGAUAUUGGAUGAGACGGCAGAGCAGGUGUAAAAGU